AUGCUGAAGGCUUGGCUGCAAAAUCCAGACCUCGACUCGAUAGAGGUGGAAGAGAAAUACCGAAGCUGGGUGGCCAAUCUCCGGACAGACCGGUACGUUACAGUCUUCCAGCUAGAGAAGCUAUUUGGAACAAGCAAAGAGGCAACAGAGUUCAUCGAACAGCUCAUCACUGGUCAACAAGGUGUGCCUCAUCCACAGGCACCAAACAUCAAGAAAGCACGUUUAUACAAAGUGCUGAAGGAGGUGGUAGAAGACAAGACGACUGGGCAGUCAACAGAAAGUGGUGUGAAGCUAUCAGGAAGGGUCCGAGAAAGUGCACACAAAGACCUUCUGAAAAAGCAACUUGGGAAUCUCAUGAACGAUGAUGUCUCCUUCAUGGAUCUCAAAACCGGAGCAAUAAAAGUGAAGAAACCAAAGAAAGAAAAAUCUCCGGCAGAAGAAGCCAUGGGAGAACUGAAAAAGAUCGACAAAAAGAUUCUCACCAUGCAAAUAGUUUUCUCAUCCAUAUUGUUUUGGGCCUCAAUGUUGAUAGACCACAUUGUACACACCAAUACUCGAGACUCGACGGGUUCUCCGAGGUUGAAGGGAAUUAUCAAUGACCUCACAGCUGUGCAGUUGGAUAUGAAAGAACACAAUGUGAGGAACUCUGCAGAACUUGUGCCUUGUUGGCAUUUUGUGUGGCUUCUUGGGCUUCUUGACCCUCCCAUGCCUUAA